AUGGCACAGGCUGCGCCAGAACCCGAAAUUCUUAUGCCUCGACAAUUGACGCAGAACCUCUGCUCUAGUACGAACACGGCAUCCAUGAGCGCAAAUCUCAGCACAUGGCAGACGAACGGACUAUGCACCGACUUCUGUCGAGACAAGAACUACGCCUUUGCCAUUGUCCAGUGGCAGUCCUGCUGGUGCUCUGAUGUCGCGCCGGCCGCGUCCAGCGAAGCCGAAGUGAGCGACAAAUGCAACGAUAUCUGUCCCGGCUACGAUAUCGAGCACUGCGGCUCAAGACCCAACUACUACGGAUACCUGACGCUGGCGAAGACUCCUACCAGCACCGCCGGCAGCGGAGGUGACAGCUCGUCGUCGUCCAAGGCAGCAGCCAGCACUACUACACAAACUCCAUCGUCUCACCUCCACCACGUGUGA